AUGCAUCAGGAGCUUGAUCGCAAGAGGCGUGCAAACAAGCUCAUCAGUGAUGCAUUGGCACGAAGAGGAGUGCAAGCCCGAAACAUAGAAACCAAGACAAGCUUGCGGGAUGAUUUGGGUGAUGCGUCGCGGCAGUUGGCCAGUGCUGAGACGAAAGUGAGAGAAGCUCGGGAAUGCUUACUGGAGCUUCAAAAAAGGUUCCUGGUGAUGAGUCUGAGAUUCAACUACCGAUGCAAGGCAGGCAUUGCUGCCACUGCUUCGUCUGUCAGCCAGUUGCUGCUUGAACGCUUCCCCCGUGCCGCGGACUUCAUACAAGAAGAGACCACAACUCCGGGAUCAAAGCCGUUGUUCGUGCGCUUGCCAAGCAACAGUCUGCUCUCUUUGUACCUCCUUGGCAAGGGCGAUUCACAACUGCCCGCUGUAGAUCCAACCUGCACGGCUCUGCUUGUUCGGAACGAUCGGGCUCGCAACGACCUUCGGAAGAGGAUUCAGGGGUUGAUCCUUACACCUGCAGAGGCCAAGGGCCUCGAAUUCGAUCUCGUCAUUUUGGUGAACUUGUUCUCCAGCGGCAGUGACGAGAUUUGGGACCUCGCGGAUGAUGAGUCCAGUUCAACACAACUCGCCCGUGCUGAUGCCAACCAGGAAGAUCUAGCAUCCGCAGACAAAGCCAGGCUGUGGAGAAUUGCUUUGGCCAUUCCAGAAUUCAAGACGCUUUAUGUGGCGAUUUCGCGAGCUCGCUCCGGCUGUGUUUUCCUGGAAACUGAGAGUUCGAGCACUUCACGCCAAUCUAUGCUACAAAGGCAUACUUAG